AUGGAACCCAAUAGGUUGCAGAAAGACAUUGAAGGGAAAAAUAGUAGCCAACAUGAGACUCUUGAAGACACAAACAAUAUCUUCAUCAAACAUAGUAAACAAGGAGGAUGGACUACCUUCCCCUUCAUCUUAGGAAGUAUGUUCGCUCUAACAAUGGCAACAGGAGGGUGGGUCGGAAACCUGAUUGUGUACCUUAUCACCAAAUACAAUGUUAAGAGCAUCGAGGCCACUCAGGUCUUUAAUGUCGUCCUUGGCUGCUUAAGUCUCUUUCCCAUGGUCGGAGCUAUCAUCUCCGACUCCUUUUAUGGCUCCUUCUUUGUCAUCGCCUUUUUCUCCUUUGUUUCUCUCCUGGGUGGGGCACUUAUGACAUUAACGGCUUCACUUCCUUCCCUAAGACCUUCACCAUGUAUCAACAUUUGUGAUUCUCCAUCAAAGCUUCAAUAUGGAGUUCUAUACACGACCUUAGGGUUAGCUUGUAUCGGAAUUGGAGGCACACGUUUCACCAUUGCUACCAUGGGAGCUGAUCAGUUUCAGAACUCUAACGAUACAGCAAUCUACUUCAAUUGGUACUUCUGUUUCUUUUAUAUUGCCAGUGCCAUAAGCUCAACUGCCUUAAUCUAUGUUCAAGAUAAUGUGAGUUGGACACUAGGGUUCGGGAUAUGCGUUGCUAGCAACGCAGUUGGUCUCAUCUUAUUCUUGUCGGGCAACAAAUUUUAUCGACACAUUAAACCGAAAGGAAGUCCUUUUACAAGCAUUGCUCGAGUUAUCGUUGCAGCUGUCAGGAAGAGGAAGGUUUCUUCAAGAAACCAAGACUAUAACCAUGAUGAUAAAUCUACCACAACCCCAUCAGAUAGUUUCAGGUUCUUGAAUCGUGGGGCAUUGAGGAUUGAAUCUGAUGGUCCAAACUCAAGAUCAUGGAGUCUAUCUACUGUACAAGAAGUGGAAGACUUUAAAACCCUAAUCAGAAUAAUGCCACUGUGGUCCUCCAGCAUUAUGUUGAGUACCCUUGUUGGCAUGAUCAGCAACUUCACCAUCCUCCAAGCUCUAACCAUGGAUAGACACCUUGGAGGGUCUCAUUUCAAGAUCCCAGCUGCCUCUUUUUUAUUUUUCAGCACUCUAGCCACAAGCAUUUCCAUUUUAAUCCUUGACCGUUUGAUAUUUCCCAUGUGGCAAAAUCUAUCCCGUCGAUCUCUAACGCCCCUCCAACAAAUAGGAGUUGGCCAUGUAAUCAACGUCAUGGCGUUGGUGUCAUCCGCCCUAAUCGAGGUCCAAAGGCUACACACUGCUAGAGCCCACCAUUUGACGGGCUCAAGCAUGGGUAGCACCACAAUCGUGCCAUUUUCCGCAUCAUGGCUCGUGGUGCCUUUAACCAUUUUAGGAAUAAGCGAAGCAUUUCUCUUUCCGGGGCAAAUAUCAUUAUACUAUCAAGAAUUCCCAACAUCUUUACGUAGUACAUCAACGGCUAUGAUAUCGUUGUUGGUUGCGGCUGGAUUUUAUUUGAGUACAGCGAUGACCAGUUUGAUUCAGAAAAAUACCAGCUGGUUGAUGGAUGACUUAAACGAUGGUAGGUUGGAUAUAGUGUUCUGGUUAUUAGCAGCGAUCGGGGUGGUGAAUUUUGGGUACUUUCUCCUUUGUGCGAAGAUGUUUCGACAUAAAGUGGAUGUCGAUGAUCAAAGUUUGGACGAUGUUUCACGUACUUGAAAAAUCUUGUAGCUUUUAAUAGAUCAAAUAUUGUAGUCUGUAUAAAAA